AUGUCGAAUCUAGCGCCACGACGUCCCGGGCCGAGUGUUUCAAGAGGUGUCUACGGCUUUGUGUUGUAUCUCUCCGCCCGGUUGUAUUUUCUCACUUAUGUUAUCUGGGCCGUUGUACCACAGAAAAUCCUCGACGAAUACGGCCUCGACGACUUCUUUCCCUCCAAAUAUUGGGUUCUCGCUUUUCCAACCUGGAUCAUCCUUUUCGUUCUGUUCAUUUGGCUGAUCUAUUUCGCCAUCAACGAGAAAAUCGCCGCCGAGCAAAAUUACUGGGAGCGUCUUUUGAGCCCCCGCCCGCAUUCCGAAACUAUCUUCUUUUCAUAA